AUGGAAGGGGCGAUGAUAGUUGCGGGUAAUGAGGGUGACGACACAGACUCUCGCGCUGGUUUCAAUUACGGAAGAGGGGGGGGUGACGAAGAGGAGAGCGAUGUACCGCUGUCGCACUUCCUGCGGGAAAGGGCGGGCAUGACUCUGAAUGGGAUGAAGCGGCCGCGAAAGGCGGAGCGGGAUCCGGGGAAGGAGGGGCAGGGCGAACAUGAUGGGGAGGAGGAGCAGCUAGCGUGGUUGCACCGGCAAGUGGAGGGCGCAGGUGCCGGGGGGGAUGGAGCCUGGCAAGCAGGAGCAACAGGGGCGGCAGGGGCAGCAGGGGGAGCUGGUACUGGAGCCACACCAGGGACUGGGAAGAAAGGCAAGAAAGGUGGUGCAAAGGAGGGCGGGGCGAAAGGCGGAGGGGGAAAGGGUGCGGCUGGGCAGGAGAAUAGUGGAGCAGGGCAGUCGAGUUCUGGCAAUCAUGCACUCAUGAAGUUCCCCAUUCCCUAUUGUUCCUGCACGGGUCACCCUAGACAGGUGCACCGCAACGGCCAUUGGGGUUGGCAAUCCGCCUGCUGCACCAACUCCCUCUCGCAGUACCCCCUUCCUCCACACCCCACCCGCCGCCAUAACCGCAUGUGCGGCCGCCGCAUGUCAGCCUCUGCGUUCCUCAAGCUGGCUCAGCGGCUGGAAGGAGAGGGCAUGGAUGUGCGUGCUGUGCCCAUAGAUCUCUGCGCCUAUUGGGGCAAGCACGGGUAUAACCAGCCGAUUGCAAUCGCCACUCACACUAAUUUCAACGCUCUUGCGGUUGGGGUUGGUGCUGAGGGGAAUGACUGCGGUUUUGUGGCUGGUUUGUCGGGCGGAAGUGGCAGUGGGAAUGGGGAGCAUGAUGAGGUGCGAGAUUGCGACUCAACUGACGUGCUUUGA